AUUCAUUUUUCAAAACCCCCUUUCUCUCUCUCUCUCUCUCUCUCUUCCCUUCUACUCUUUCUUUCUUUCUUUCUUCUUCUUCUUCUGCUGCUGCUGCUUCUUUGUGAGGAAUUUGGAGAUAAUUUUCUUUGGAAAACAGAGGAUUUUCCUCUUCAUUUCUUGGGAAAUUAAUAAAAGGAAAAUAAAGAAAUUGCAGUCUGAAAAAAGAACCAUGAUUGGACCAGCAAAUUUCAUGGAUGAAAUAGACUGCGGCAGCUUCUUCGACCACAUCGACGACCUCCUCGACUUCCCCACCGACGAUAUCGAGGCUUGUCUCUCUGGUCCCGACUGCACCACCACCACUAAAAAUAACAACGCGAACGCCAACUCGUUCCCCAGCAUUUGGUCGACUCAGUCAGACUCAAUUCCGUGUUCCGACUCGGUGUUCUCUAACAAUAGCGCCUCUGAUCUCUCGGCGGAGUUGUCCGUUCCGUAUGAAGAUAUAGUUCAGCUGGAAUGGUUAUCAAAUUUUGUUGAGGAUUCCUUCUCUGGAGGAAGCCUCACAAUGAAUAAGGAAGAGUCCUCUUCGGCGAAUAAGAACUCAUCUCACCACCAAUUCCAGACCUCCAGCCCAGUUUCUGUCCUAGAAAGCAGCAGCUCCUGCUCAGGCGAGAAGAUUGCGCCACGCAGCCCUGAAAUCAUUGCCUCUUGCAGGCGUGGACGUGCUCGUAGCAAACGUCCUCGUCCUGCUACCUUCACUCCCCGCCCGACUAUGCAACUCAUCUCCCCCAGCUCCUCUGUCACCGAGUCCCAGCAGCCCUUUGCCACACUUAAGGUCCCCUCGGAUUCUGAAAAUUAUGCUGAGUCGCGACUUUUGAUCAAAUUACCAAGGCAAGUUCCCUUAGAACAUAAGAAGAAGAAGAAAAUCAAGAUCACAGUUCCAUUAGGCCCUGCGGAGAUGAACGAAAAUUCAACACCACAAGCAGCAGUUAGGAAAUGCAUGCAUUGUGAGAUAACUAAAACACCACAAUGGAGGGCAGGACCAAUGGGGCCUAAAACUCUUUGUAAUGCUUGUGGUGUUCGCUACAAGUCAGGCAGACUUUUCCCUGAAUAUCGACCUGCAGCGAGUCCAACCUUCGUUCCAUCUUUGCACUCCAAUUCCCAUAAGAAAGUCCUGGAGAUGAGAGGCAAAGGCAUCGACAAACUCCCUAUUGCUGGAAAUGCUGCGAUGAUGAGCAACUCGCCGGAGUUGAUUCCGAACAAUAGCAGCAACCUUGCAAUGGAUUACAUGUGAUUCCAGUCGGAUUCUCUCCAAGUUCUGCUUCUUUAGUUUCGCUAUUUUACGCCAUUUGCUUACUGUUGUUUCGCUUCUUUGUUAAUUGUUUUUUUUGUACAGGGAUGGAAUGGGUGGAAAUAGGAGCAUAGAUGACAAUAUUUUAGCUAGUAAAGGAACUGAGAAAAAAGAGUUAGAGCCAAAUGGAAGGUUCAAUGAUAGUAAAGUUUUAGGCUUUUAGUCAUGGGUAGGUUCUUAAGGUUAUUAGAAAUUAAGGGUAUGUGUCUGUCUCUCUAUUUUUUUUUUCCUGCAUUCUUUUCCUUUUUUUCCCCUUUUUCUUUGAUGGGUAUUCUUUUUGCAGUUCAAUUUGUUAGUAGAAAAUUCUGAAAACUUGUAAUGCCUUAUCUACAAUUUUCUUCCA